CUUGGAGUUGUCAACAAGCAGCAGCAGGUCUUGGCCAGGCACCCGGGCGAGCUGAAAAGUGAUGCCCCACAGAAAGUGGCCCAAGCUCCCUCUUCGCGUCCUGCUUGACCAAGCGCGGCGAAUUUUGAGGAACUCGAGCAUUCCAUGCAAUUGACGGCACCCAUCAACAAACUCGAGCCCGCUAAACUCCCGCGGACUCGUGCGACUACGACCCUGACCUUACAUCCGACUCAGUUUCUACCAUCGAAAUAUCCAUCUGUGCUGGACCAACCCAAUACUAUCCUGUCAUCGCCCGCAUCCCCGCGAUCGCGGCCAUGCAGCCCGCUCCCAGAACGCGGCGCGCGCCGCAAAACACCCAACAUACGUACUCGCUCGACCGCCGGAUACAUGAUGUGAAGACAUACCCUGUCCAGUCUCCCCAGGGAGCGACCAUCUUGAUCUACGGCCACGAGAAUGGGAUCACAGUGGUUUGGCGCGGCGGCCGGCGGCUCAAACCUCCGAAGCAGUCAGUAAACGAUAAACGGAACGGCGCACACUCGGGCGAUGCGGUCAUGAUUAUCGAUUCGGACGAUGAGGAGCCGACACCCGACGCUUUCGUCGACAAGCCCGAAUUCCAAGAUAGCCCGACCGCCGGUGCCGCGGUCCCCGAAAUCAUCCAAACUCUUGAUCUUGCGCUGGGGACUGCUGUGCUUCACGUGGCGGUUCUGCCUAUGCCGGCAAGCGCUGCUGAGGAUGCCGCCUGGAACGGCGCCGGCAUCCUCAGGAAUAAGAUCGUUUUUGCCGUCACCUGCGCAACCACGGAUGUUUACGUGGUUACGGUGCCAUUGACACCCCCUUCGCACGAGAGCAAGGCGAGGCCAGAGCUGCGGAAGAGUUUGUUGGCGGGCAAUGCAGGCACAGGCGUGUGGGGAGAGACGUUAACUCUGCUGACGGGCCAGAGCCGCCCUUCCGGAGGACUUGCGCUCACACUAGUGAAGCAAAAGCCGGCGUCACGGAGCAGGUCAUUGGAACGCGCUCCCUCCCAGGCGGCUCCCGUUACCCGGGCAAUUGUUGCAGCACAUUCGCGGGAAGCCAGUGGCAUAUUACGGCUCUGGGAUGUCACCUUGGACGCGAAGCCCGGGGCCAUCAACCGUGUAGAGCCAUUCCAAACCGAGUACCUCCCGGCGCCGCUGACAAGUCUCACCUUCAACCCGACACACAUCACCCAACUUCUCGCCAUCACCUCCUCGCAAGCCGCCCGCAUCUACGACUAUGCUACAGCGGCCCUUCCUUCUGACGAUGCCUCCGAAGGCCCGUUUCCGACACAAGGGUCCUGGCUGUUGUCGCUCUAUGCCCCAUUUGCCAGGGGACCUUCAAUGUCGACUGCCCGAAAACCCAUAGUGAGUGCUGAGUGGAUUGCCCAGGGCCGCGCCGUUUUGGCUCUCCUCGCCGACGGACAAUGGGGGAUUUGGGAUAUCGACGGCGCCAGUCCUUCGGCCGGCGGCUCCGGCGGGCUCUUCAGCAAGGCGAAUGCCGGACUGCGGGGCUCAGGAAUCACAACUUUCUCUGUUUCGGGACAGCUGGAAGGGACCAGCCCACUUCGGAACCCCGGGACCCAGAAGACGCCCGCCGCGCCAGGGUCAGCAGGGGAGUUUGUGCCCAUGACACCUCACUCACGACGCGACGCUAUUGUCUCAGCCGUAACGAGCGGGUCAGAAAGACUGGCGACCGUACGUGGUGGUGUCACUGUCGCUCGCCUCACGCCACAAGGAACCGAUCCCGGCGAUGAGAGCGCUAUCCUCUGGCUGGGGGGUACCGACCCUAUCGUCUCGGUCAUCCCUGUGAUCUCUCGGUUCUGGGACUCCCAAUUGCGCCGCGCCGUCGGCGGCGGCGUCAACCUCUGGAGCGGCGCCCAACCCACCCGCAUGCUCCGCCUCACGGACCUCGGAGCGGGGCUUCUCGGCGAGCGGUGCACCGGUGCAGCUGCCAUCCCCAAGUGUAGCGGGACCCCCAACACCAACAAUAGCUCCUCUACAGCAAGGGAGGGCAGCGGCCCGAGCCACGCCGAGGGUCUACCCGUGGAGGUACUCCUCCAAGGCGAGAGCCGCCUCGUGGUCGUUCACGAGAGCGAAGACACCGGCUCGCUCACCAACCGCCUCCUCGGCGCCCGCAAGAAGCAGCGCGCCGACCUCGGCCCGACCAGGGCGAUCCUGGCCUAUCCGCCCCCGGAGAGACCGAACAGCACCAACGUGUCGUUCAACCUCAGCAUCGCGCCGCGGCAGCCCAGCCAAACCGGCGGUCUGUUCCGGCCGCGCCCGCGCCCGUCGGUCAAGGGAUCGUUCGACCAGUCCAUGUCCAUGGAUGUGUUGCCGUCGACCGAGCUGCCCGACGAGACGCAGUCGGCGCCGUCGAGCCAGCAGGGGCUGAUGUUUAUCAACGAUCUCAACUAUGCUGCCGACCAGCCCGAUGACGAGUUCGAGGUGGAGGGCCGCGAUAUCGAGCAGGAGCUGAUGGAUAUCAUGGAUAUUGAUCGCGAGUUGGAGCAGCUGGAGCAUGAGCGUGAGAAGGGGACGAAGAGGGUUUUCUUUGAGGGGGACUAGAGUGUGGAGGGCGAGGACUAGCGGGAGGAGAGACCCUUGCGCCGUGACACCGCCAUUGCAGUCGGAGGUGUCUGGCGAGGCUGUAGGAUACCCAUCGGGCUACUAAUGUUCUUUAGCGCGAUCACGAGACGGAAAUGAAGCAUGUUUGAGUCAGCCA